AAAGACUAAAGUUAUAGAAAAAAGGCAAAAGGCAUUAUAAAUAGCUCAGCCUUUGAAAUCUAGCCGCAACUUAAUUUCUAAAAUGAAGUUUAGGGCUAUCAUGAUCGAUACUGGCCCUAUGAGGGAAUUCACAAUAAACAAUAUUUUCAGAUAUCGUGUCUACCAUUUCAAAACUAUCGAAAGAAUGUAUAUUAAGGUUGUCUUCGGAUAAAAUGUAUUUUAUAGUAAGUGAAGAUAACAGUGGUCCUGCGCCUCCAAUGCUAUGGUGUGAGAUUCCUCAAGCUAUGUUCUUCUCGGAGUAUCAAAUAGUUGGUGUAGAUGAAGAAUACAAGGAUAUUUAUUUAGGAAUUGUAUCAGCUAAUUUGUCAAGAUCGUUGCUAACACUGAAAUCGGCAAAGUGCUUGAAAAUGAAACUCACUAAAAAGCAAUGUCCUUGUUUAACAUUGGAAAUUGAAAUGCCAUCAUCAACAUCACAGGAAACAAGACAAGUGACUCAUGACAUACCAGUUAUAGUUAUUCCGAGGAAACUAUGGAGUGAAUUCCAAGAGCCUAGAAUACCGCAGCCAGAUAUAUCAAUAGAACUGCCAACACUAAAACAACUCCGCACCACAAUAGAUAGAAUGAAGGCAAUGUCCCCAGAGGUAGUGUUACGAGCCUCAGCGGAAGGCAGGCUGACGUUGCAAAUCAAAACCGGCAUGGCUAAAGUGUCCACGAGGUUUAAGGAUUUGAGAGUGGAUGCUUUUGAAGGUCCCAUUGACCAUUCAGACUCAGAAACGGAGACUCAAACAAACGAAGACAUGACUAGAGUGUGCUACUGUAGAGUGGACGCUAAGAAGUUCUCAAUGUUUCUUAGUGCGGACCAAAUAUCGCACAAUAGGACGAUAUGUAGCAUUGUGCAUAAGAAAUUAGUGAUUUUGUGCUUGCAGACGGAGGAAAAUGUGAAGUUACAGUGUUUUAUUAGUGGCAUUGUUUAUUAGAUUUAGAAUAUUCCAACUAUACAUUCCUACUAAUAUUAUAAAUGAAAAAGUUUGUGAGGAUGGAUGUGUGUGUGUAUGUUUGUUACUCUUUCACGCAAAUUUUACUGAACCAAUUGCAAUGAAAUUAAGCACACAUAGAGGGUAACUUUGUAUUAACACAAAAGAUUUAGGUUAAGGUUUUACUCCGGAAAUCCCACGGGAACGCGGGCGAAGCCGUGGGCGGAAAGCUUGUCAUUUAUACUGUGUACUGUGCUUGUCGCCCGCAAAGUCAAAGGAAAACCCGCAUAGUUCCCGUUCCUGUUGGCUUUUUGGGAUAAAAACCUAUGUGUUAAUCCUAUUUACCCUCUAUGUAUGGGCCAAAUUUCAUGAAAAAUGGUUCAGCAGUUUUUGCGUGAUCCAUAAAGCUUAAAGAAAGCGUCAGUAAAUGUGAAAUUCGUAUUUUUGUGUCUUAUAAAACAUUUACUUAAAAAAAAUUUGUAAUUUUAUGUAGAUUAUACAUUU